AUCACUCAGCACUCUUCUUUCUAAGAAUGGCAAUGCUUGAGCAAAAACAAGAUCAAGAAUGGCUUGAGAGAGUGAGAACCAGAGGCAGUGUUCCACACAAUUCCCCGAACGGCUGGGCUUCUCCCCCCGGAGACGCAUUCAAGGUACGAGGAGCAGACUAUCCAACGACGAAGGAGAAGAUCCCCGGAGGCGACUGUCUCCUACACCCUCUCGGCCUCGAUUGGAUCAAAUCUCCAUCCAAGAUCUCCGAUGUUUUAAACAACCCUAACGGCCGUGUUAGGCAAGCUCUCGAUGAUGAAAACGCCAAGGGCCGAUCACAUUUCGUCUGGGAUUUCAAUUUCCAGCUCCCAACCAAAGACAACCAUAGCAUAGUCGCGUAUUUCGUGGGGACGGAGGCCAGUCAUCGAGAUCCUCUGAUCCGCCGCUUCCUAAAGGGAGACGAUGGGUUUAGAAACUCGAGGCUGAAGUUGAUAGCCAACGUAGUGGAAGGGCCGUGGAUGGUGAAGAAAGCGGUCGGGGAGCAGGCAAUCUGUAUAAUAGGGCGGGCGCUUAGCUGUAGAUACUCGAUGGGGGAGAACCUUGUGCAAGUUGACAUAGACGUUGGAUCUUCUAUGGUUGCGAGUGCGAUCGUGCACCUCGCGUUCGGAUACUUGUCUGUGCUCACAGUAGACCUAGCUUUCGUUAUUGAGGGCCAGACCGAGUCGGAGCUACCAGAGCGGAUCUUGGGAGCUGUUCGAUUCUCUGGGCUCGAUGAUGCUCGGGCGCUGCAGAUUGACUCGGGAUGUUGUGGGAAUUCGCAGUCGCUGUUACCUACAAGACUUUGGAAAUCAUUGGGGCAAGGGUUUACCAACCUAGUUCAUGCCAAUGUGCCAACACAUCAACACACUACUACUACCAAAGAUGAAGAAAACACAUAGUUCUUAGCAUCCCAAUCUUCUUCUCUCUCUUUUGUUUUUCAAAAUCUUAGUUAUAAAUCCUGUGCUUUGCGAGGGAAAGACUACAAUGAAUAGAUUGAUAAAAAUAUGUAUAUCAAUACUUUCAUCUACUUGCUAUUCUUGCUUCCUAAGGCAUACAAAACACAGACACCAUCACAACAACAGCAGCAAAACUACACAAAUCCUAAACCUGGACAAACUAUCCAAAGUUGUCUGAUUAGAGUUUAGAUAGAUUAACUGCUAUCCGGGCACCGGCUAUCAUAGUCACGAACAUCAACGUAAAAGGGUCGCAGACAGCAAUUCAUCCCACCCAUCCCACACGACAAGAAUACGUAAAGAAAUUGAUGAGGACAUUAUUACUUCACUUACACUGUUACACAUCGAUUCGCCUGCUGCUCUCUGUCUCAGUGUGACCUUCAAUUGACACCCCCUUCAAUAAAUAAAGCUCAAAGCAAAUGGAGUGUGACAUUUCUUAAGAUAGUUCAUUUAGUUUAGACAGAUAAAAACCAAACUAUAGCAUCAUCUCAGAAAUAACUAGUGAAAGUACUAAACUUGAUGCAUUCUUCACUGAAAACAACCAAAACCGAAACAGAAAAUAGGCAUUCAUGUCAAAUGAUGUAUCACAAACAAUAGAAGCUCAUUGCUGAGAGAAAAGCAGCCAAACACUAACAAAAUUUAUCGUGAAUAUAGUAGAUUUAAGAGAUCGAAUGCGCCAAAU